UGACAAGGUUGAAUGAUAACACAAUAGUUGUUGAAAACGUGCAAAAAGUUUUUACCUCUACAAGCGAUUGGUUACGCAUAAUGUUUCAUUGAAUUCGUUAAAUGUUAUUAUCAAGUGUAUAAAUGUUUUUGAAUUAAAAAUAAGUGUUUUAAUAAAAUAGAAAUAAUCUUAAAGAAAAUGGCGGUCAUUAGUGAUAUGAAAGAAAACAGUUUAGAAAGUGUGUUGGUGAAGUUAAAAAUAUACAAGCGUUAUCAUUUGCAAGUCGCUUUCUUAUUGUUUAUAUCGUUCGCGUUUAAUACAAUACAUAAUACUAAUUUUAUAUUUGUUACUGAGAAGGUAACUUACAGAUGCAAACAUUACAUAUAUAACACAACAAACAUUUGUGCUGAGUGGGAAUAUGACGAUCCAAAUAGUUUUGUGGCCGAGUACAAUCUAGCUAACCAAGAAUGGAAACGGACUCUUGUGGGAUCUAUGCACAGUUUGGGAAUUAUGGCCGGCUUAUUGAUUGUGGGACCUUUAUCUGACAGGUUCGGCCGAAAGAAGGUGCUUGUAGUGACCGGUACACUUGGCGGUGUUUUCGGUGUAGCGAAAAGUUUUUCACCCUGGUACUGGUUUUACUGCGUGUUAGAAUUCCUGGAAGCUGCUAUUGGUGAUUGUUGUUCACCUUGCUACAUUUUAAUGACAGAAAUAGUGUCCGGUAAUCAGAGAAUUAUUUUCACGUUAAUGUGUAUCCUGGGUCAUCCAUUUGGCACGUUCAUGACCGCAUUAGUGGCAUGGCUAUUUCCAUUCUGGAAGAUAUAUUUACGUAUCCUCUAUGCACCCUGUCUUCUUUAUGUGUUGUACAUAUUUUUCUUAGAUGAAAGCCCAAGAUGGUUGCUUAUAAAGAAGAAAAAGGCAAAAGCGGCUUCGAUUUUAGAAAAAGCAGUAAGAAGAAACAAUUUACUGGUGGAGAAGAAUGUUCUAGAAAACAUUGCUUGUGAAGAUUGCGUUAAGACUGAUUUUCUAAAUGUUCUUAAGACCACUUUUCAGUCAAAAUUGCUACGUAAAAGAUUUUUCGUAUGUUUAGUAUGGUGGACGACAUCUACAUUUGUAAACUACGGCAUGUCAAUAAAUGCAGUAACGUUGUAUGGAAACAAGUAUGUUAAUUUCGCCUUGUUGGGCAUUGUUGAAGCAUUGGGAAUGUUUAUGAUGACAUUUAUUAUGAUCCGAUUUAGAAGAAAAUAUCCGUUGAUGAGUUGCUUUUUUGCCGCUGCUAUAUUGUGUAUAUCUCAGCCGUUUGUACCGAAAAAUCUGUCUUGGCUGUCAAUAUUGCUCUACAUGAUUGGGAAGUUGAUGACUUCCCUGUAUUUUGGAAUAACAUACUUGUAUACAUCAGAACUGUAUCCGACGUUGACAAGAAACUCAAUGCACGCGCUUUGUUCAUCAUUAGGAAGAAUUGGAGCAAUCAUUGCUCCACAAACACCUUUACUGAUGGAGUAUUGGUCAGGUUUUCCUCCAUUGAUCUUCGGUUUAGUGUCCACGUUCGCUGGUCUGCUAACUAUAACUGUGCCGGAUAUAUCUAACCAAGCCCUACCAGAUACGGUGCGUCAAGCGGAAGAGUUGGGUGUUCCUGAUGUUCAAAUGUCGCCACAUAUUACAAAAGAUAACAAUAAGGCUUCAUUGACACAAAUGUGAAUAAUGAAAG